AUGUUUCUGAAUACUUUGUCACCUAAAUUUUAUGUGGCUCUAACAGGAACAAGCUCCUUAAUAUCGGGGCUUAUUUUGAUUUUUGAGUGGUGGUACUUUAAGAAGUACGGAAAGUCGUUUAUUGAGCAAAUUUCUUGGACCCACAUAUAUCCACUCAUUGGUGGAAGUGAUGAAGAUAAUGAAUGUGAUAGUGUGGAAUCUAAUGGUCACCUAGCGUCUACGCAAGAAUGUAAGGUGUGGAGAAAUCCUUAUAGUUUGUUUAGGGGGGCGGAGUAUCGAAAGUUUUUUCACGAAACAGGUCGUGACCCCCUGACGUAUUAUGAUAUGAACUUGUCUGCUCAAGAUCAUCAGACAUUUUUCACAUGUGAAGCAGAUGGCGGAAAGCCCGAGUAUGAAAUUAUGCAACUUUCAUGGAGAGAGAGAAAUCACGAAGAAAGAAUCAAGAAGACCAAGGAGGCCUUGGCUAAGAACCCUGAGUGUGCAACUGCAAUGAUCUUGCUUGCAGAGGAGGAGUGCUCCUACAUCGUAGAUGUAGAGAAAGUAUACAAACAAGCAUAUAAAGUUGCUGAGACAAAUCUUCGUCGUUCUCAACAGCUUCAAAACCACAGUCCAGCACAUGAAUCAAUGUAUCGGAGAGAUAUACAUGCAUUUGUUUUCAUUCGACGUCGACUUGCAAUGUGUGCAAGAAAAUUGGGUAAAUUGAAAGAAGCAAUAAAAAUGAUGAAAGAUCUUAUAAAGGAAUAUCCAAAUUUAAAUCUUUUCAAUAUCCAUGAAAAUCUUAUUGAAUGCUACCUAGCUGCCCAGCAAUAUGCUGAUGCUCAGGCUUUCCUAGCUAAAUACGAUGAUAUCAACUAUCCGAAAUCAGCUACUAUAUGUUACACUGCAGCUUUACUUAAAGCCAGACAAGUAUCUGAAAAAUUUUCUCCGGACUUAGCGUCACGUAGGGGUUUGAAUGCAGCUGAACUGAGUGCUGUUGAAGCUAUUCAUCGGGCUGUUGAAUUUAAUCCACAUGUACCAAAAUACCUUCUUGAAAUGAAACCUCUAAUAUUGCCUACAGAGCACAUUUUAAAACGUGGCGAUUCUGAAGCCAUAGCAUAUGCAUUUUUUCAUUUAGCUCAUUGGAAAGCUGUAGAAGGUGCAAUUAAUUUAUUAUAUUGUACAUGGGAGGGAACUUUUCGACUCAUUCCAUAUCCUCUAGAAAAAGGAAACCUCUUUUAUCCUUAUCCCCAUUCAACUACAGCGACCGAUCGAGAACUUUUACCAAGUUUUCAUACACUAUCUGUGUAUCCGAAAAAAGAUGUGCCAUUUUUUAUUCUAUUUAUUGCGGCUCUAUGCUCUUUAACAGCUAUACUUACAUGUUUAACUCAUGUCUACCCUGAACAAAUGGGAUCACUUUCUAGUAAGACUCUCAACUGGUUUUUCAGUCCAAUCAAUUAUCUAUUGGAAAGACUAGAAGGUUUGCUACUUUUGCUAGCUCCAACAUCUGCUCGAAAGCUUUUAACUUAA